UAUCGUAUCGCAUUCACUAUUCACUACUACAAACCCCAAGUGAAAAAGUUUAUUGGGAAAAUAUUCAAUUGAAUGAAAAACUUGAAGCGAUUUCCAAUAUCAAUAAACUAUUCAAAUUUAAUUUUAUGAUAAAGUUUCUUGAUUAUUAGUUUCGGGAUAAUUUGAUUGUGUGCAUGGAAAAAUCAACCGAAUUUAAGUCGACCAAAGACACCUCUAUAAAAUUGCGACUAAAAUGACAAGUACAACAGUGAAUUGAGAACCAACAAUAAGGCAAUCGUAAUAAAGGACGCGUUGAAUAAAAGUCGCAGAGAUAGAGAUUAACAAAUUUCUAGCUCACACAAACCCUGGAAAAUACUUAUUCAGAAAUACGUAAUUUUUUAAUUUCGCUUUCAUUGCUACGCUAUAAAAGUGACGGAGAAAAUAUCCACAAAUAAUCGGAAGCGUUGCCUACGAUGAAUAGUGCAUAGUGCUUAAAUAAAACUCCGAUUUGCCACAAUAUUACAGGCGAGAUAUUUUUUAUGAAGUUGUUCAGUGCAAUAUCAUAUACGACACACUAAAAAGAUGAUAUAAAGGAUCUCCAUAUACAAUUUUCGCAUGCCACUUAGAAAAUAGGAUCGCCCUAAACUAAUUAAAAUAUAAAAUAGUCAACAACUAACUUAAAAGGAAACUGCCAAAUCACAGACUCUGUUUUUUGUAAUAACCAAAAGUAAACUCAGCCAUUGUCAACAUAAGGUUGAACGCAAGAAACAUCCCUAGCAAGGCACCACAAUACAUUACCAAAGUCCAAUGUCUAAUAAAAUAAAUAAAAUAAAGCGUGAAAUACCAACAGUAACAGCAACUGGCAACAGCAACGCCAGCAACACAUCGGCCAACACAUCAUCGUCAUCUAGCUCAUCGCUAUCGUCCGCAGGGGGCGGUGAUGUCGGUAUGUCUACCGAUCUAACGUCGCUGUUUGAAUGUCCCGUAUGCUUUGAUUAUGUCUUGCCACCAAUACUGCAAUGUUCUAGUGGUCAUUUGGUCUGUGUCUCGUGCCGUUCGAAGCUUACCUGCUGCCCAACAUGUCGUGGUCCGCUGGCCAAUAUCCGCAACCUGGCCAUGGAGAAAGUGGCUUCAAAUGUCAAGUUUCCUUGCAAGCAUUCGGGCUACGGCUGCACUGCCUCCCUACUAUAUACUGAAAAAACCGAACAUGAAGAGACCUGCGAAUGCCGACCAUACUUGUGUCCAUGCCCAGGUGCCUCGUGUAAAUGGCAAGGACCACUUGAUCUAGUCAUGCAACACCUAAUGAUGUCCCACAAAAGUAUUACCACACUACAGGGUGAAGACAUCGUCUUUUUAGCAACAGACAUCAAUCUACCAGGCGCCGUUGAUUGGGUAAUGAUGCAGUCGUGCUUCGGUCACCACUUUAUGCUGGUACUCGAAAAGCAAGAGAAGUACGAUGGCCAUCAGCAGUUCUUCGCCAUCGUUCAACUCAUCGGGUCACGAAAGGAGGCCGAAAAUUUCGUGUAUCGCUUGGAAUUGAAUGGCAAUCGACGACGUUUAACCUGGGAAGCAAUGCCCCGCUCCAUACACGAGGGUGUGGCCUCAGCCAUUCAUAACUCCGAUUGUUUGGUGUUUGACACAUCAAUUGCACAACUGUUUGCGGACAAUGGUAAUUUGGGCAUAAAUGUCACCAUCUCCAUUGUAUAAUAGCAAUAACAUUCGAUCAUCGAGGAUCGCCGAGUGAGAGAUGAAUAAUCGUGUUACAAGGCAUAAGAAAAACAAAAACAAAAAUAUAAUUUACAUGAUUGGUCAAUGGUCAUAAUGAUAAAAGAUCACCAAUCAAUUGCAUUAUUUGCUAUAGAUCGAUGGUAAAAAAGAACGUUUCUAAAACGUCACCUUUAUGUUAGUUUUAUAUAGAUAUUUUCUUAAUUUGCAUGGGGACAUAAUGUUGUCACAUAGGGGAAAACAGUUUGUUUUUUUUUUUUUGUUUUGGCAAAGAGAGGGACUUGUCAGGAAUGUGAAUUUUCCCACACAUAUGUAUUUGCAUGGACGUUAUUAAAUCGAAAUAAGUAUGGUGUUUAUUGCCGAACUGUAAAUGGCAUACAAAUUGAAUGGUUUUUGUUUUUUUUAUGUUUUACUUUAUACAAAAGACAAUUAUUAAUACAAAAUUUUAGGAAGUAAAACAUCCUGGAAAAUGGCCGACUGUAAUGCAAUUCAACGCAUUUGUCAGUUCGAGAAAACCGUUAACUUGUUAGAGUAAAGUAUAUCAUAUAGGCGAGUCAUUGAAUAAAGUGGUCCUAACAACAAAUUUUAGUGGCAUCGGCAUUUUUCAAAUCUUCGGAUAAUAACCAGACUGACUUAAGCUAAUUUUCUAAUUUCUUUGUAUAAAGCUGCUGAAAAAAACGCAAAAGCAUACAUUGGCAUUUUUAACAUAAUUUACCGAGUAUAUUAGGAAAAGGGCGUUUUUUUUUUGCUUUACUUUACAGAUCCAUUUUCCAGAUAACGCUCACAAUUCGGUAACAGUUUGAAUACAUGAUUUUAUGAUGUUUAUUGGAGUUGUUGUUGUAGUUGUUGUAGCAGUGUAUUGUACACUGAGACGGCAGCCCUUGCCGAUGAAGGACUUCAUCGGGUCAAUCCGGUACGUACAACCGGCUGCCUUGGGAUUGUUUAUUGGAGUCUAAAUUAUACCAAAUUUCCUUUUUCAAUGGGAACGUCAGUGGUUCUGUAUUGUUUUUGUAUCCUCCACCAUAGGAUAAGGGGUAUACGAAUUUCGUCAUUCUGUUUGUAACGCCUCGAAAUAUGCGUCUGAGACCCUAUAAAGUAUAUAUAUAUUCUUGAUCGUCAUGUCGUCAAGUCGAUCUAGCCAUUUCCGUCCGUCCGUCCGUCCGUCCGUCUGUCUGUCGAAAGCACACUUACUUUCGAAGGAGUAAAGCUAGGCGCUUGAAAUUUGUACAUGGGCCAAAUCGGUCCGUGAAAUUUUGCACAUGGCGUGAAAUUUUGCACAUGGUGUUUUGGUAUCACUUUCAACAACUGUUAAGUACGAUUCAAAUCGGUUCAUAAUCUGGCAAAGCUGUCAUAUAAACCGAUCUUGGAUCUUGAAUUCUUGAGCCAAUAGAGCGCGCAAUCCUCAUCCGAUUUGGCUGAAAUUUUGCAUAAGGUGUUUUGUUAUGACUUCCAAUGACUGUGCUAAGUAUGGCGCAAAUCGAUACAUAACCUGAUAUAGCUGUCAUAUAAACCGAUCUGGGAUCUUGACUUCUUGAGCAUCUAGAGGGCGCAAUUCUCAUCUGAUUUGGCAGACAUUUUGUACAACGGCUUCUCUCAUCACCUACAACAUACGUGUUCAAUAUGGUCUGAAUCGAUCAAUAGCUUGACACAGCUCCCAUCUAAAGCCCCGACAAGGCUCAAAUCUUAUCCGAGUGAACUGAAAUAUUAUACAAUGACUUCUGCAAUGUUCAGCAAGCAUUUAUUUGUGGUCCAAAUCGGACUAUAACUUGAUAUAACUCGUAUUGUACAACAGUUCUUAUUCAAUAGUCUUUGUUUGCCUAAAAAGAGAUACCGCGCAUAGAACUCGACAAAUGCGAUCCAUGGUGGAGGGUAUGUAGGAUUCGGCCCGGCCGAACUUAGUACGCUCUUGCUUGUUUUAGGUUUAUAGAGCGAAUAAGGCUGUUAUUAAUGCUUUGCUAUCAUUCAGUGUCGGCCGUAUUCACAAAACUUAAUGAAGCCUUAAAAUAGGGGUUUUUUUUGACAGUUCUAUAAAGGAAAUCAAAGUCAAAUGAAAUUAUUCCAAAGCUAAGUUUAGGCUCUGUGAUGAUCGGUGUUAGUUUAUGGAUUGGUUUCAUCUCUGUUUAUUUCCAGGCCUACUUAAGCAAAUUCGUCGGCACAGGUUGUUUGCUGAAAUGUGUGCUGCCUCUUUUUUUUAAACCAAUUUUUAUGAUUGGAUCGGAGAGGUUCUUCCCUAUUUUAAAUGAUGAUCGAGUUGCAGUAGUCAAAGACAAAGGGAGGGCGAAGAUAGGUUUUUAUUGGUCUUUUCACAGAUCUGGUGUAAUGUGAAUAACAAACAGGUCGACUUAUUGCAUCCUAAUUCCCAUAUAAUUCGCACCGAAAGAGGGUUAUUUACCAGUUACAGCAUAUAAGUAACACGAUAGGCUUACAGUUGCUUCUAUUGUAUAUAUAUAUAACAGUCCUAAUGGCAAGGCAUUCUUGCUUUUUGGGUGUAUUCUUUUGUUAAUAUUAUGAAAAAAAAAAUUAUAUAAAUAACAAGUAAGAGCGUGCUAAGUUCGGCCGGGCCGAAUCUUAUAUACCCUCCACCAUGGAUCGCAUUUGUCGAGUUCUUUCCCGGCAUCUCUUCUUAGGCAAAAAAAAAGGAUUUAAGAAAAGAUUUGCUAUGCUAUUAGAGCGAUAUUAAGAUAGGGUCCGGUUUGGACCACAAUUAAAUUAUAUUUAUGUUGGAGACCUGUGUAAAAUGUCAGCAAAUUCGAAUAAGAAUUGCGCUCUUUGUGGGCUCAAGAAGUAAAAUAGAGAGAUCGAUUUAUAUGGGAGCUGUGUCGGGCUAUAGACCGAUUCAGACCUUAAUAAACAUGUAUGUUGAUGAUCAUGAGAGAAUCCGUCGUACAUAAUUUAAGGCAAAUCGGAUAAUAUUUGCGACCUCUAGAGGCUCAAGAAGUCAAGAUCCAAGAUCAAUUUAUAUGACAGCUAUAUCAGGUUAUGAACCGAUUUAAACCUUAUUUGACACAUUUAUUGAAAGUAAGAAUAGAAUACGUCAUGCCAAAUGUAUUCUUUCCUAUCAGCCAAAUCGGAUAGGAAUUGCGCCCUCUAGAAGCUCAAUAAGUUAAGUCCCCAGAUCUGUUUAUAUGACAGCUAUAUCAGGUUAUGAACCGAUUUGAAUCAUACUUGGCACAGAUGUUGGAUAUCAUAACAAAACACUUCGUGCAAAAAUUCAUUCAAAUUGGAUAAGAAUUGCGCACUCUAGAGGUUCAAGAAGUCAAGACCCAAGAUCGAUUUAUAUGGCAGCUAUAUCAGGUUAUAGACCGAUUUGAACCAUACUUGGCACAGUUGUUGGAUAUCAUAACAAAACAGGUCGUGCCAAAAUUCAUUCAAAUCGGAUAAGAAUUGCGCCCUCUGGAGGCUCAAGAAGUCAAGACCCAAGAUCGGUUUAUAUGGCAGCUAUAUCAAAACAUGGACCGAUAUGGCCUAUUUACAAUACCAACCGACCUACACUAAUAAGAAGUAUUUGUGCAAAACUUCAAGCGGCUAGCUUUACUCCUUCGGAAGUUAGCGUGCUUUCGACAGACAGACGGACGGACGGACGGACAGACGGACGGACAUGGCUAGAUCGACAUAAAAUUUAACGACGAUCAAGAAUAUAUAUACUUUAUGGGGUCUAAGACGAAUAUUUCGAGUAGUUACAAUCAGAAUGACGAAAUUAGUAUACCCCCCAUCUUAUGGUGGAGGGUAUAAAAACUUAAACGGCAAUGUCGUUAGAAUUGUCAACGGCAACCUUGAGAACUAGCCCCAAGUCAAAUGGGAAUGUCUGGAUUUUUUAAAUUGCCACAAUUUAAUUUGCGGUGUUGAUGUAUGAUAUGUUGGUCAUUUUCCAGGAGUAUAGCAUAAAAGCAUGUAAUUUAUUUUAUUUUAUAAAUAAUUACGCAAAUUUGUUUUGUUUGCUUAAAAAUUAACAGCUGAUGUUUUUUGUUUUUUUUUUUUUUUGGUAUGGAAAAUUCGCUUUCCUGCGGCACUAUUGUUUGUGCAGUGUUUUCUACAUUUUUUGAAGUGUAAUAUUUAAAUUCGGUGUGUGUAGCUCCAUGUCCAAAAUUAGUUUAUGUUCUUUUCUAUUAAUUUUUAGUCACUGCUUUCUGUACCCCUUCCAAAAUGAACUGAUACCCAUAAUACUAGUUUGCUGAGUUGCAAACACAUUUGAACAAAAUUAAUAGUUAAGUAUAUAAAAGAUCCUGCGCUGAAGAAGCAAAACUUCUUGGUCUAUCAAAUAUUUCUCUGAAAACAUCGAUUGUUUGGUCGUUGAACAUCAGAAUAUUAUGUUCAAAACUGCAAGGCCAAUUCAUUGAAAGUUGACGAUUUUCCAAACCCAUUCGGCCCUUAGCACAAUCAGACCUUUUAAUAUAUCGGUAAUGAUUUUUAAAAAUGCAUACCAAAGGGUCUACAUUGUAUUUAGGAUUUUUGAAUUUAUGUGGGUUCAGGAAUAAUUGCCCUGAUGUUAAAAUUCUCCUAAAGGAGUGCCUUUGUUUUCUUAACCACGGUGCUUUAGUAUCCCCAAUGGAAAAAUCCCAAUUUGUUUUCAGAGAAGAGUUUUUGUUUUUAAAAAAAUGUUGACCACUCUAAAAUGGGGGAAUAAAUUACAGAACAAUUCCCCAGAGCUAGACAUCUUCAAUUCGCAGCGGCAUGCUGGUUACCUAUAGAUAUAUUAAUUUAGGCACACCCACCAAAUUCGUAAAGACUAAAUUCUUUUGUACAAUUUCUUAUUUUCAGAAAUGACAAUUCAAAAUAAAAAUAAAAAAAAUAUUUUUAAGAUAUUUCUUUAAUUCGUAUGCUAAAGUCAAUGUUUGUUACAAAGCUUGAAUGCAAACAUUUAUGUUCUAUUAUGUAUAAGAAGACCUAUUUUGUUUUAAGUUGUGAUAAACAUUUUUGUGGCCCAUGAGCCGAGGCCAAGGUCUAGAUUUAUUUAAAAAGAAAAUACUCUACGUGUUUUUUUUUUUGGAAAUUUUACAAGCGUAAAACAAUUAUUUUGUAAUUUAUUUGCAUUGAUAAAAGUUUAGCCACUUUUUCAUUUGAUCAAUCGAGUCCUGUCUGGUCAGUGUAAUAAUUUUGUUUUUUUUUGUAAACAUCUGUCUGUCUGUUUAUUUCUCCCUCUUAUAUAUAUAUAUAUGUAUAUAUAUAGUGUCCUUCCUCGAAUAUGUUAAAAUCACACAAACCCUUCUUACAAUUUAGUGUCUACAAAAAUGUUCUAUUUAAAUCAACGGUUUGCAAAUAUGUUUACAAAACAAAAAGGCCGAAGAAUUGUGGUCCCGCAUUGGCCACAAUUCUAAUAGAAGUCGCCGGAAAAGGAAAAAAAGGCAUAUUUACAAUAUUCAUUAUACUAAGUAUGUAUGUAUUCGUUUGUAUGUGUACUACUAUAUGCGGAGUACACGAACAAGAAAACAACAACAACAAAAUAUACAUGAAAAUAUAUAUUUUACAUAGGUUAGUUGAUCUCUAAAAUAAUAUUAAUAAUACAAUGAUAAUUACAGUAAUAAAAACAAAAGCGCAUAAAAAACA